UGGACAGCCGGGAGCGGCGCCGGGAGCGGCACCGGCGGCGGCACCGGCGCCGGCAGCGGGGCCGCCCCGCGGCUGAAGGCGGCGGGCGAGGGGGAGGCGGGCCCCCGGGACCCGCGGGACGCCUGGCAGGACUACUGCGCCCUGCUGGCCAUCGCCAAGAGCCUGCUGGAGCUGAACAAGUACCGGCCGCUGCCCGCCCCCUCGGUCUGCAGCGACAGCCUCGAGAGCCCCGACGACGACGCGGGCUCCGACAGCGACGCGGCCACCGAGCCGGGCUCCAGCCCGCCCCGCAGCCCCGCGCCCGGGCCGCCCCCGCGGGCAGCCGCCUCCGCCCCCGCCUCGUCCGCCGCCGGCAAGGGGAAGCUGUCGGCCGAGAAGCGGCACAAGUGCCCGUACAGCGGCUGCGGCAAGGUGUACGGCAAGUCCUCCCACCUGAAGGCGCACUACCGGGUGCACACAGGCGAGCGUCCGUUCCCCUGCACGUGGCCCGACUGCCUUAAGAAGUUCUCCCGCUCCGACGAGCUGACCCGGCACUACCGCACCCACACCGGCGAGAAGCAGUUUCGGUGCCCUCUCUGCGAGAAGCGCUUCAUGCGGAGCGACCACCUGACGAAGCAUGCCCGCCGCCACACCGAGUUUCACCCCAGCAUGAUCAAGCGAUCCAAAAAGUCCAGCUCUGGCUCCUUGUGAAGGCAGGGCCGGCCCGGGGAGCGGAGCAAGGGGUGCAAGGUGCGUCCGGCAACUGGGGAUCAAGCAUUUGUAGCCGGUGUUCAGAACAUAAGCACCUUGUGCUUCCCACUCAUGCUCUCCCCCUCGCUGGGAGCAGCCGUCUUGAUGAAGGGGAUUCCGAGCAGAAGGAUGGGACCGCCGCCUUCUGCCACUCGGCACGUUGAGACUGGCGUACGUACGUCUCACGGGAUGGUCCGGCCAGUGACACCACCGUAGCGUGACUCCGAGGUCUUUGUGAUUGCUGUGUCAUGAACAUGUUUUGUUGAACAAUGUAAUGCUGCUUGUGUUUUAGAGUCUGUCGAGUAAAACCACUUUCCGAGUCACAUAAGUAAUUCUCAGAUAUAAAAUCCAUAGCACAUUGUCGAAGUGGGUUUACUUCUAUAUUUCAGAAUGAUCCUUCAUUUAAAAGACUGUUAAGAGAAACAUUACAUGUUACUAAUAGCAUCUGAUUGAUAUACUGAAAUAAGGUGAAUUUAUACUCAAGAAGACCCGUUAAAGUAAGGGGGUCUUUUUAAUUUUUCUUUGUAUUAACUAUACUUUUGAAUAUAAGCUGCACUUUUCCAGUAAAAACAUGUAUAAUUCAAGCAGAUACUUAAAGCAAAAAACACCAACACAACCACUCAGUCAUUUUCUGACCAUGUGUGUAUUUAGCUCUGUUGUUCAGUUACCUGGAAAAAUACAAGUCAGCCUACAUAAUGUGGCGGGGGGGAUGAGGGCAGAAACACACGUCUCUCAAUUGAUCUAUAUUUUCAUUUGUCAAUAAAUACCGUACUGUACUAUAGAAAUGCCAGUAACAGUUUGUUAUUCUGCUGUGUUUUGUUUGACUGGAUGGAUUACAGCAGCUACCAUCUUUAUAAACUGCUGCUUUUUUACAGGUUUUUUCUCUUCAUACACUUGCCUUAAAGAUUUAUUCUCUUCAUAAACGUGCCUAACUCCUGCCACGUCCAAUGGGAGUUCCGUGUGCUUAUGGAGAGAGUAGACCUUUCCUUAGGAGCACUCAGCUAAUAGAAACAGUUAAGUUUAUUGUAAAGAGCACUUCAGAAGGGCUCCCGUAUCUCUUGAUCACUGUUUCUAUAGAGUAUGAGGGAAAACCGUGAGCUAAUUGGAAAUACAGCACACAAGGUGUGUCACAAUACUCCUUCUGGCAUCAGCUUCCCUAAGUACCUUGCAGUCAUACCUGUGUCACGCAUGACACACCAAAUACCGAUCAAGGCAAUAUUAUGUUUAACUUAAAGCUAUGUUUUGCUCUCUAAAAGGAGCAAAAAGAUCACUGAAGUUGAACUUCCAAGUCAUGGUCAUUAUGUGAGUAUUUUCAUCUUUUUUCAUGUUAAAACCAUGCACCAUACCAGCUUAUCAGUGAUUUUUUUUUUCCCUUCCCAGCUACUUAUAAGGGGAUAAUUAUGUUUACACAUUUCUUCCAGAAGCAUUCUUCUGCUGUUCUGUUUUUACUCCUUCCUCCAGAAGAGGAAGGGGAGGUGCAGCCCUACCAUAGAGACUUAGGGCCCAAUUCAUCUCAGGAGUAAUCACACUGAAAUCCGAAGUGUUUCCACUGCAGAUGAAUUUAGGUCAUCCUGUAAAAUUCUGUACAUAAAGCUCCUGUUAGUACAGCUGCAGUUACCGUAUCUUAUUGUUUUAAUUGAUAAAAAGCUUGCUUCCUAGAAACAAACGUUAAAAAAAAAUGAGCUCAGAGAGUAGAGUAUUUUCUUCUACAGUUGUAUAAGGCUUUCAGCAUUAGAAAACAGUUUGCAUAUAGUGUUUUUACCUGUGUAGUUCUUGAUAAAUUCUGUCUAUGUGAAGAGAACUGCUUUUAAGGCAUUAGGGAUAUUGAGCAGUCUGUGGAGUAAAAAGGGAUGUGUUUUCUUCAGUGAAGACAUCAGGAAACCAAGCACACUUUCUACCUCCGUUUCAGCUUUGUGAAACUUUUAUUUUAGAAACCAAACUUUAAUUUCUGGUGUUCAAAUUGAGUUGUAGGGACAUAUGUUCUUCCUAAUGAAAAAUAGGUAGCCUCAGUAUUUCUACUGAUCUAGAAAUACAGGAAUUGUUCCGCUUACCAGUACUGUUAAUGCUGCCUUGUAAAGCAGGGUCAGGGCCACGCAUAGCCCAGUGAGAUUCAGUGGAGCAUGCAUAUUCAUCUUCCUUCUUCUCUGUGAAGAUCACGAUAACCUUUUGAAUCUGUCCUACAGUCUGGAUUGUUGCCAUUUUGUAGGACUAAUGCAGUACUGGGAAUAUUAAGGGCUGGUCCUAUGAAGUACAAAACACCCUCACGUGCUGUCAACCACAAUGGGAAGCCACAGCUGAUAAGCAGCUCCUCAGUCAAUAGAUAAAUGGUUUGGUCACAGCUACCAGGAUUAACCUACAUGUGGAAGCAAAUGGCCAGAUUCAUGGAUCCCAGCUUCAAUACUUGGGGUAGAAUCUAAGGAAAUAUCACCAUUAAUUCUUCAAUUUCUAACAGAAUUAACAGGCAGGGGGUUACCUUGGUCCAUGGAACAAAGGGACAUAAAAACUCAUGUCAUUAUCACUGGUGACAGGAUCCUGUUUCUGAAAAAAACCUUCCUAAGCCGUAACCAAUUUACUCUAAUGUAUGCUGUAUUUCAGCAUAGGACAGACGGGACUAAUGUGAUUCGUUAACCACUAACAGAAUACAUGGGGAAUGAUCAGGUUUAGAGAUUUUACUUUAUUGUAUUGAUCAUUUGGGUCUUUCAGUUUUUCUUCUAGUAAAAACAAACAACGGAUCUAAUACAUGAAACAAACUACAGGUUAGUUUUCUGCAUCUUCAAGUUAAGUUUCAAAGAGUGCUGCAAAUGUUGGAAAAGAAAAGGAAAAUCGGGUUCUCUAACACCGUUCAUAGUUGUCGUACAAUUUUGGAAAUACUUAAUAGUGCUGAAGUUAGGACAGCUCCUCUCCUUGGUUAAGAAAGCCCAUUAGUAUAGUGAAGUCAUGGCUUUAAAGGUAUAGCUAUACAUACUUCAACAUACUUCUUUUUCAAAACAGUUUCUCAUAACCUUUAUUACAGAUCUGUUUUCAGUUUGCAGAUGGACUUAGUUCAACAUACACCAGACUGGACACAUUCUUCAAAAUGCUGUUUUACAGAUUCAUGAUCUGUAACACUGUAAGAUACCAACCUCCAACAGUUUAAUCAGUUUUAUUUUUGUACAGUAUUCGUAUCCUUUAUAAGUUAUUUUGCUGUCCUGUUUUGUAAAUCACAUGAAGUUGUAAAAAAAAGAAAA